AGGGUUUAGGAUUUCUGGCGUCGUUGGCGAUCGGACAUGGCCGCCGGAAGGGCUGAAGAGGACGAUUAUCGAACGGCGGGAGACAAGUGAUAGGGCGAGGAUGGCCAAGCGAGGGAGAUGAGGGACGGCAUCCACAGCUGGGGCACGUACGUAGUACUAGGACGUAUUAUGUGCUGUGUAGGCGAGGCAAUCUCGAUGAUGCGCUUGAGCUGUCAGAUAUCGAUAGUCUGUGCUGCCGCGACCGUGUGUUGGCUGAGUGGGAUAACCAGACGAUGCGGCCCCGUUGCCGAGCGCAUCAUCCCCACAUCUACGAGGGGAAAAGGGGGGACACGAGUGGACGAAAAGGGACAUGUUGUACGGUUGGCUUUGAGUGUGUUGGUAGGUACUUUCUACCGUUGGUGUUUCUGCGCGGCGGUUGGACUGCCGGGGACCGAUGCGAUGUGGGAUCCCAGAUGCUUGACAGCCGGCCGGGGAAAAAGCAAGCUACAUAGCACCACGCAGUACAACCUCAAUAGUCCAUCUAGUGCUGGAGCUGAGGACAGUGGACAGUGGGAUAACCGACCCGGCCCGCUGCCUGCAGGGCCGUUGGAAAACGCACAUGGCGGCCCUGUUCGCUCAGCCCUCAGCGACAGUCGGGCCAAGUUUACUGGCAGCUCGCUACGUUCCGUAUUUCCGCCUUCUAGGCCCGGGGGUGUAGAGACACACUCAGUGUAGCGUAGCACGGCCGGGACACACGCGCGCGCCAGCAUGAAGGGAGGGAGGGGGGGUGAGAGACAGACGGACAAGCGACAAGCAGCUUGGACCAGGCGGCUAGCUGAGCGAGAUUGACGAUCGGACUCAUCGGGUCCGAUGCUGAGUUGCCAUGCAAAGGCGGGUAGGGAGUAAGUCGCGGUGAGAAUAGAGGUUGCGAUUAUUCAUACGAUGUACGAGGAACGACGGGUGAGUAAGGUACGAUUUGCGCGCAUUGCGUGUUGUUUAAACCAUGGACGGCGUUGCGCCGCCGAAC